CAGAAUUGAAAAACAAAAUCACAACUUCGAAUUGAUAACGAAAGAUUUCAAUGAGUGAUUCGAUGAUAAAGAAAGGGCCGUGGAAAGCGGAAGAAGAUGAGGUGUUGAGAAAGCAUGUGAAGAAAUGUGGGCCAAGAGAUUGGAGCUCCAUUCGAUCCAAAGGCCUUUUACAGCGUACUGGCAAGUCUUGUCGUCUUCGUUGGGUCAAUAAACUUCGCCCCAACUUGAAAAAUGGAGUGAAGUUUUCAGCAGAGGAGGAGAGGACUGUGAUUGAACUUCAGGAACAAUUUGGGAACAAAUGGGCUACAAUUGCAACCUAUUUGCCUGGACGAACUGACAAUGAUGUCAAGAAUUUUUGGAGUAGCCGGCAGAAGAAAUUGGCUAGAAUUAUGCGGACCUCAGUACCACAGCCUAGUAAGCCCCAGAAGAGUAACAACAGGGAACCUCCUGCUCUUCAAAAACUUCCUUCAGUAGAGGGACCAAAAUUGAGCUCAUUGGCAGAGGAAAGGUCUUUGUCCAUGUCCCAGUAUUGCCCAUCAUCCUAUAUGAAUAACCCUGAUACAAUCAACAUGGUCCAAUGGCCAGAGUUAGUGAAUUCAACUUCACUUCCUUUCGAGCCAGAUUUGCUUCAACCUGAGUUCAUUCCUAAUGAGAAAAGAACCUGCUUCGGGUCACAGAUUACACUCCCCUUUCCUCAGAUUCCGCUGCAAGCUGACUUUGGUCACCCACUGGAAAGUCAAAUAUUACCCAUGAAACUUGAGGAAUCUGACUUCUUAGAUUUUUUCGGGCAGCUCAGUGCUUCAGACAUAGGAGAUGUGCAAGUCCCUCUUGUACCAGCAUCAUGGUCAGGACCAGAGAAAAGCUCUGAGAUUAUUACUAUGAAGAGAGAAAUUGACGUCCCCCUUACACCAGAUAGCUUCAUCGAUGACUUCCCUAUGGAUAUGUUUGAUCAUAUCGAUCCACUGCCAAGUCCAUUCAAUUGGUGAUGUAGUAAUUAGUCUAUUUCGGACAGGAAGAAGGGCAUUCUUACUAGCUUGUUGGACAGAUAUGUAGUGUUCUAUGUGACAUGAAUAUUGCCAUUUAGCUAUUCUUUGUUACAGACAAAUUGACCUAGUGCUUAACUGCUUCUAACAGUUCUUCAUCAGGUA